GGAGUACAAGCGAAGGUAGAAAACAGCAAAUAGAACAAAUACUCUUCACCAACCCACUCUUCCCAAUGCUUCCUAAUUAGGCGAUCUGGUACAAUACGGCCAAAUAAAAUGGAAAACAACAUUUUAUUAAAAAAAAAUUGGAAAAUAAAAAAUUCAAAAGAGUGAACUCCCCAAAUGAAAUUUCCAUGAAAUGAAAGGUUAAUGCCAAAUAAAUUCAGGAGUCCUUGCUGAUAGUCGCUGUGAUUGUAUGAAGACGCAGGCUAAUUAGAACGAAAAUUGAAGUGAAGAAAAGAGCAGAUCUGACCAGGAUCUGGAUCAGCUUCCGAGCUCCAAUCUGACUUCAUGGACGCGACGUCGCGCCCUGCAGUUGUUAUCGACAAUGGCACCGGGUAUUUCUAUCAAAAAAUGAUCUGAGCAGUUUUCCCAUAGAAUCCAUUUUAUUACACAAAGAUGGGUUUUGCUGGCAAUGUGGAACCAUGCUUCAUCAUCCCUACGGUUGUGGCAGUGAAUGAAUCGUUUUUAAGUCAAUCUAGAGGCUCUGGAAAGGGAAGCUGGUUAGCACAACACAAUGCAGGUGUCAUGGCAGAUCUUGAUUUCUUUAUUGGUGAUGAAGCAUUGUCCCGAUCUCAUUCUAGUAAUACAUACAAUCUCAGUUAUCCUAUACGCCAUGGUCAGGUAGAAAACUGGGAUUCUAUGGAGAGAUUCUGGCAGCAAUGUAUAUUCAAUUAUUUGCGAUGUGAUCCUGAGGACCACUAUUUCCUCUUGACUGAGAGUCCUCUGACUGCUCCAGAAAAUCGUGAAUAUACAGGAGAAAUAAUGUUUGAAACAUUUAAUGUUCCAGGUCUUUAUAUAGCUGUGCAGGCUGUACUUGCUCUGGCUGCUGGGUAUACAACUUCUAAGUGUGAAAUGACUGGAGUGGUUGUUGAUGCUGGAGAUGGGGCCACACAUGUUGUACCUGUAGCAGAGGGGUAUGUGAUUGGAAGCAGCAUCAAGUCAAUUCCUAUUGCUGGAAGAGACCUAACUUCAUUUGUUCAACAACUCAUGCGGGAAAGGGGUGAAAAUAUACCUCCAGAAGAUUCCUUGGAAGUGGCACGUAAAGUGAAAGAAGCAUAUUGCUACACCUGUGCUGAUAUUGUAAAGGAAUAUGGUAAGCAUGAUCGAGAACCUUCAAAAUACAUAAAACAGUGGACUGGUAAGAAACCUAAGACAGGAGCACCGUAUUCAUGCGAUGUUGGUUAUGAGCGUUUUUUGGCUCCCGAGGUAUUCUUUCAUCCAGAGAUCUACAGUAGUGAUUUUGCUACCCCUUUACCUGUUGUAGUGGAUAGGUGCAUCCAAUCAUCGCCAAUUGACACAAGACGUGCUUUGUACAAGAAUAUAGUACUAUCAGGAGGGUCCACUAUGUUCAAAGACUUCCAAAGACGAUUGCAGCGUGAUAUCAAAAAAAUUGUGGAUUCUCGAAUUGCUGCAUCAGAUGCUCAACUAGGUGGUGAAUCCAAAUCGCAAGCAGUGGAAGUGAAUGUUGUCAGCCAUCCGAUCCAGCGGUUUGCAGUUUGGUUUGGAGGUUCUGUUCUUGCUUCUACCCCAGAAUUUUAUACGGCUUGCCAUUCAAAGGCAGAAUAUGAGGAAUAUGGGCCAAGUAUCUGUCGCAUGAAUCCUGUGUUUAAGGGAAUGUAUUAAAUGUGAAGAGUGUAAUCUGCAUCGGCAAAUUUUUAUCAACAUCUAGAGAAAAAAAUUCAGAUUACUUUGGUGUCAUGUACAUAAUAUUUGUUUUCUUUUAUUCACAUAGGUUUGUCUCACCAUUUUUUUGGCUGUAUUUGCUGCACAUUCUGCUCAAAUCAGUAGCAAGAAAUCAACAACAAUUGGAAGGUGUUAAAGAUUAGAUAUAAUCUACAAAUUUUCUCAUCAAUCCUGAGGAGGUGAAUCCAUUUAUCUCCUCCCAGUGGAGUGAUGAGUAAAACAUUUUUGUCAUUGGCUAAUGUGGACGUGUCUCAUGUAACAGCUUUUGCCUUCUUAUCCACAGGUGAUAUUUGUAACAUAACGGAUGAUCUAUAAAUCUUCCAUAUUGUUUAAUAAAAAGAGCAAAUCUACACAGGUUAAUGUUUUUUUACAAUUAAA